AAGACGGCAGAUUUCUGAGCUUUGCUGUUGCUGUGUGUGAGAAGCUACAGUAGCUGUGUCGGAUACAAGGAGGAUGGUUACACUAAGGCGUUUGUCUCCUUAAGGCUCAUCUCCAAGGGCAUCAGUCAUUAACUUACUAAGCUACAUCUGCUACUUGGCUAAAGCUGAAGGAAAGGCCUUUUAAGCUGGCAACACUGGCACUGACUACUGAACUGACUAACAUAUGUACAGUAGCAGCAGGCUUCCUCAGCUUUUCUCUCUUCUGUGAACAACUCGCUACUGGCAGUGACAAGAUAAUGAAGUCGGAGCUCUUCGAAAAGGAACAUUACAUUGCUUUGUCACCAGUCUGGAACGCAAGGUCUGCAGCUAAACCAAAAAAGACAAAAACCUGUUAAAUUACCUUUGCCAGGUUGUUGUGGUAGCAGGGACUUUGAUUUGUUCUACUCUCAAACGCUUUGUUUGGUUUUGAGCUAAUCUUUAAGCGCAUACAGCCUUGAUGCAGCAGCCCAUUUGUAUACAGAUAUAGAUAGUUAUUUUUUAGCCAAUAUUUUUUUUCUUUUCAUUUUCUGUCUUUCACUGCUGUUGCCUCUCCUCCUGCCUGAAACGUGUUGUGAAAGGAGGAAAGGAGGAAAGGAAGAUGCCGGCCAUUCUGUUGGUCUCAAAGAUGAAGUCUGGAUUGCCCAAGCCUGUGCACAGCGCAGCUCCUAUCCAGCAUAUCCCAGCUAGGACCAUCCCCCAGCCCUGCUACCUGAAACUUGGGAGCAAGCUGGAGGUGUCCAAGCCCACCUACUCCAGCCAGAUCCCUCUCAAGUCUCCCCACGGGCACGAGAGAGAAAGGGACGGGGCCCCACACAGAAAAAGUACCGGUUUAGAGAAUGGAUUUGACACCCAGAUUUACACUGAUUGGGCUAACCACUAUCUGGCAAAGUCAGGCCACAAGCGGCUCAUUAAGGACUUGCAACAAGAUGUCACAGAUGGAGUGCUGUUGGCGGAAAUUAUACAGGUUGUAGCAAAUGAGAAGAUUGAAGAUAUCAAUGGCUGUCCAAAGAGUCGGUCUCAGAUGGUUGAAAAUAUUGAUGCCUGCCUGAGUUUCCUGGCAGCCAAAGGUGUUAACAUACAGGGUCUGUCUGCAGAAGAAAUCAGAAAUGGAAACCUGAAGGCCAUUUUAGGGCUUUUCUUCAGCCUGUCUCGCUACAAGCAGCAGCAGCAGCAGGCACAGACAGCCCAGAAACAGCCAUCACACCAACAGCAGCAGCAGCACCACCAGCACCAGCACCAGAUCCAAGCUGGGCACCCUCAACACGGGCAAGCUGCACCCCACCCCCAGCUCCACCACCCGCCCCCAACGCAGUGCCAGCCACAUCCACAAGCAACGCUUCAGCAGCAAAAAGCACAAGCAGAAAUGCAUUCAAGUAUACCAUCCAAGGAUUCAUCUCAAAGUAAACUGCUCAGGUUUACCCUUGGUCCGAAAAAAUCAUCUAGGCUUCCAGGCCCCUCCAUGAGGAUGUCAGCUGCGGGCAGCGAGACCAAGACACGUGGCUCUGUCAGUGCCAACACCCGACGCAGCCAGAGCUUCAACAACUGUGACAAAUCCAAGCCAGCACACCUGCCUCCAGAAAGCAGCCAAGAGGAAGAGCCAGCAGACGGCACUGCCACACAGCAACCAGGAAUGAAUGAAAAUGUACAGUCUUCAGCUCUCAUUAGCAACAGCAGUAACGUCAGCACCAUCAGCAGCAGCAGUAGCACCACCUCAUCAGCAAUUCCUCAGCCCAACUCUGCCAACAAACCCUGGCGUAGCAAAUCCCUCAGUGCAAAGCACAACGCCACGUCUUCCAUGCUGUCCGUGAAGCAGCCCAGCCAGGAGACACCUCCAAAACCCCCUGUGGAAGCUGCCAAGACAACUCCUAAUGGACAAAAAUCAAUGCUGGAAAAGUUAAAGCUGUUUAACACUAAAGGGGGUUCCAAAACAGCAGGGGCUCCUCUGGAAAGCUCUGUGUCUCGGGAUGUCGGCAGUGAGAAAGUGGAGGUCCCUUCUAACACCGAAGAGCCUGAAGAUUCAGAACCUGCAAGCCGGGGAGUCAAUGGCACUGGAACAGCCGCCAACAGUCCCAAAAUUGCACUGAAAGGGAUCGCCCAGAGGACUUUCAGCAGAGCGCUGACCACCAAGAAAGGCUCCCUUAAAGGUGCCGAAAAGGAGAAGGAAAAAGAGAAACAGAAAGAAAAGGACAAGGCAAAGGAGAUGUCAAAAAGGGUGUCUGUGACAGAGAAACCGGAGACCAAGGAGGAGCCCAAAGAGGAACCAGCAGGCACAGCCAUGUCAGAACCCAAAAAGACCUCCAAGAUCGCUAGCUUUAUUCCCAAAGGGGGGAAGCUCAGCAGUGUGAAAAAAGAGACCCCUGCUCCAGCACAUAGUGGCAUACCAAAACCAGGAGCCAAGACUUCAGCUACAGGGAAAUCAGCAGGGGGUCCAUCCACCUCCUCCUCUGGGAAAGAAGGGGAGAGGCCCCGCAGCGCAAAGCUUGGCCCUGGUUUUUUGCUGCACAAGGGCCAACUGGACAGCAGGCACUCCAGUUCCUCCUCCAGCCUGGCCUCUUCCGAGGGGAAGGCUUUUGGAGGGACUCCUCAUCAAGCCAACAGCGGUGCUCAGGCCGGCACUUCCUGCAACACCCAGACGACUGGAAGUAACACUAUCAGCGUUCAGCUACCUCAACCUCAGCAGCAAUACAACCGUCCAAACACUGCCACAGUGGCCCCCUUCAUGUACAGGUCACAGACAGACAUUGAAGGGAAUACGAACACAGACUGUGGAUCAGCAGGAGGGAAUGUGGAUCCUGCGGCCUACCAUAAAGCAGGCCAGCCUGGUGUUGAAGACCUGUCAGGGGAAGACCCAGAGACAAGGCGACUGCGGACUGUAAAGAACAUUGCAGACCUUCGCCAAAACCUGGAGGAGACCAUGUCCAGCCUCCGUGGCACACAAGUUACUCACAGCACAUUGGAAACAACAUUCGACAGCAACGUCACAACUGAGAUCAGCGGGCGCAGCAUCCUGAGCUUGACGGCGAGGUCGACGCCGUUGUCUUGGCGACUGGGGCAGUCCAGCCCUCGUCUGCAGGCUGGAGAUGCCCCCUCACUGGGGAAUGGGUUCCCUCCUCGGGGCAAUGCCAGUCGCUUUAUAAACUCGGAGUCUGGGAGGUACAUGUAUUCAGCCCCCCUCAGGAGACAGCUAGCAGCACGGGGCAGUAACGUGUGCAGUGUGGACCUUGCUGACAAGGAUGACCUGGAUUUAGAGGGCAUCCACAUGGAAGCUACAGGCUACAUGAGCGACGGGGACGUGCUUGGAAAAAAUUUGCGGACCGAUGACGUGUCUAGUGGCUACCUGACUGAUGGGGGACUGGGCCUGUACACCCAUCGACUGAACAGACUGCCUGAUGGGAUGGCUGCAGUGAGGGAGACGCUACAACGCAACACCUCCAUGGGGGUUGGAGAUGCUGACAGUUGGGACGACAGCAGUUCAGUGAGCAGUGGGAUCAGCGACACCAUAGACAACCUCAGUACAGAUGAUAUCAACACCAGCUCUUCCAUCAGCUUGUAUGCCAACGCGCCUGCCGCACCGCGGAAGAGUAUCGACGGCCAGCCCCAGACGGACGCAGAGAAGCACUGCGCUGUGGAGCGGAACUCCAUGUGGUCUGGGGAUGAAGUGAAGAAAUCGGACGGGGGCACAGAUAGUGGUGUCAAGAUGGAGUCCGGCUCCAAGUGGAGACGCAACCCUUCCGAUGUGUCCGAUGAGUCAGACAAAAGCAACUCCGGCAGGAAAACAACCGUCAUCUCACAGACAGGCUCCUGGAGACGAGGCAUGACUGCCCAGGUUGGCAUCACAACACCCAGGACAAAAAGCUCAACGCUGAAAACACAUGGAACUGGAAAAACUGAUGAUGCCAAGGUAUCAGAGAAGGGCAGGCUCUCCCCCAAGUCUGCUAAUGUCCAGCGUUCCCCCUCAGAUGCUGGCCGCAGCAGUGGAGAUGAAACGAAGAAACCUCCAUCGAGCACUUCCAGGACCCCUACCAACACCUUUGGGUUCAAGAAACAGUCCGGGGGCAUGACCAUCAUCACUGCCAGCGGUGCCACCAUCACCAGCGGCUCAGCAACCCUUGGCAAAAUCCCCAAGUCAUCCGGGCUCAUCGGCAGGUCUGGUAGCCGGAUGGCUAGUGUGGAUGGCUCCCAUCAGGACGAUGCCUACCUGCCCAUCAGCUCCCGGACUAACCUGCAGUAUCGCAGCUUGCCCAGACCCAGUAAAUCAGGCAGCGGUGGCAGAAACGGCAACCGGUCCAGCACCAGUAGCAUUGACUCCAAUCUCAGCAGCAAGUCUGCUGGCUUACCCGUGCCCAAAAUAAGAGAGCCUUCCAAAGUAGCAAUGGGUGGCCCUUUACCUGGAGGAGCCAACCAGACGGACAGGGAGAAAGGUGUGUCUUCGGAUACAGAGAGUGUAGCCUCCUGCAACUCUAUCAAAGCCAGCCCAACCUCCCACUCUGGGGCCUCGCAGAGUGGUCGCCAACAAGGACCCAAAUACGCAGACGUGUCAUCACCCACUUUGCGCAGACUGUUUGGUGGCAAGCCAGGUAAACAAGCCCCAGUCACAACAGCUGAGAAUAUGAAGAAUUCCACAGUUAUCACCAACCCCCAUGCCGCCAUGACUCCUCAGAAUAACCUUGAUUCACCUUCAGGGAGUGGAAUGCUGAGCAGUGGUGGCAGCAGCCCCCUCUAUAACAAGACCACCGACCUCGCCCAGUCUUCCCUGGCCUCCAGCCCAGGCUCUGCCCAUUCCGCUCCUUCCAACAGCCUGACGUGGGGCACCAACCUCAGCAGCUCCUCUACGGUGAGCAAGGACGGCCUUGGGUACCAGUCUGUCAGCAGCCUGCACACCAGCUGCGAGUCCAUCGACAUCUCUCUGAGCAGCGGAGGGAUCAGUCGUCACAACUCCACCAGCGGGCUGGUCCCAUUGUCCAAAGAGGAGUCUCUGUCUGCAUUUGCAAGGAAUAACAGCGUGAAGACAGCCUUGUCCGAGAGUCCUCUUUCUUCCCCAUCUGCUAGCCCAAAAUUCAGCAGAAAUACUUUACCUCGGAAACAGGACAGCGACCCUCACCUCAAUAGAAACACCUUGCCAAAGAAGGGACUCAGGUACCCCCCUUCUUCCCAGCUCCGCAGCCAGGAAGAUGCCAAGGAGUGGUUGCGGUCUCAUUCUGCAGGAGGCCUGCAGGAGAGUGCCAGCAACUCUCCAUUCUCGCCGGGCUCCAGCAUCACCUCCCCUUCUGGAACCAGGUUUAACUUUGCCCAGCUUGCUAGUCCUACCACUGCUGCCCAGAUUAACCUUGCAAACCCUUCCGUGCUGCGGAAUCAGGAGGGACCCUUGGAUCCAUACGGCGAUCCUCGCUUCCGCAACAGCUCCAUGUCUCUGGAUGAGAAAAUCAGGACCAUGAGCCGCUCUGGGUCCUUCAGGGAUGGCUUUGAAGAAGUGCAUGGCUCCUCAUUGUCUCUGGUCUCUAGCACCUCUUCUAUCUACUCGACGCCUGAAGAAAAAUCACAGUCAGAGAUACGCAAACUGCGUAGAGAACUUGAUGCAUCACAGGAAAAAGUGUCGGCUCUUACCACUCAGCUAAGUGCUAACGCUCAUCUUGUGGCAGCUUUUGAGCAGAGUCUUGGAAACAUGACCAUCAGGCUGCAGAGUCUGACUAUGACUGCAGAACAGAAGGACUCAGAGCUUAAUGAGUUAAGAAAGACUAUUGAGUAUCUGAAGAAGCAAAAUGCUGCUGCCCAGGCUGCCAUUAAUGGAGUCAUCAAUACCCCGGAGCUCGCUUGCAAAGCCACGGGCAACGGGACCCCUCAGUCCAAUGACCUCCGCAUACGCCGACAGCACUCCUCAGACAGCGUGUCCAGUAUUAACAGUGCCACCAGCCAUUCCAGUGUGGGCAGCAACGUGGAGGUGGACUCCAAGAAGAAGAAGAAGAAGAACUGGUUACGAAGUUCCUUCAAGCAAGCAUUUGGCAAGAAGAAGUCUCCCAAGUCAGCUUCCUCACACUCGGACAUCGAGGAGAUGACUGACUCCUCCCUCCCCUCGUCCCCCAAGCUUCCUCGCGACGGCUCCACGGCCUCUACGCCUCUCUUGAGAACCUCGCACUCCAACUCUCUUAUUUCCGAAUGCACAGAGGGUGAGGCUGAGACAGUCAUGCAGCUUCGCAGUGAGCUGAGAGACAAGGAGAUGAAACUGACUGACAUUCGACUGGAGGCCCUUAGCUCAGCUCACCAGCUGGACCAGCUUCGUGAGGCAAUGAACAGAAUGCAGGGUGAAAUUGAAAAGUUGAAAACUGAGAACGAUCGAUUGAAGUCUGAGAAUCAGGGGGUCGGUAGUCGAGCCCCAUCCCAGCUCUCCAUAUCUUCGUCCCCCAGGCAGUCUCUAGGCCUCUCCCAGCACAGCCUCAGUCUCACCGAGUCUACCAGCCUUGAUAUGCUGUUGGAUGACAAUGCUGAUGGUGGUACAGCUCGUAAAGAGGGCAGACAUGUGAAGAUAGUUGUGAGCCUGCGAAAUGAGAUGAAAUGGAAGGAGGAGUAUAGACCUCGUCAUUUUCUUGUCGGCUGCAUCGGAGUCAGUGGGAAAACCAAGUGGGAUGUGCUGGACGGGGUUGUCCGUCGCCUUUUCAAGGAGUACAUUAUCCAUGUAGACCCAGUGAGUCAGCUGGGCUUGAACUCCGACAGUGUCCUGGGUUACAGCAUUGGGGAUAUCCAUCGCACCACCAGAUCUGAGACUCCAGAGCUACUGCCCUGUGGCUACCUAGUAGGGGACAACAACACCAUCUCCGUCACCUUGAAAGGUAUUUCGGAGCACAGCCAGGACUGCUUGGUGUUCGAGACCCUGAUCCCGAAGCCCAUGCUGCUGAGAUACGUCUCCCUCCUUUCGGAGCACCGGCGCAUUAUCCUGUCUGGACCCAGCGGAACUGGGAAGACUUAUUUGGCCAAUCGGCUAGCAGAGUAUGUUGUGCUGAAAGAAGGCAGAGAGGUCUCUGAUGGGGUCAUUGCCACCUUCAACGUGGACCACAAGUCCAGCAAGGAAUUGCGUCAGUACCUCUCCAGCCUGGCUGAGCAGUGUAACAGUGAGAGCAGUGCGGUGGGCAUGCCCCUGGUUAUUAUUCUGGAUAACCUGCACCAUGUCAGCUCUCUCGGAGAGAUCUUCAACGGGCUUCUUAACUGCAAGUACCACCGCUGCCCUUACAUUAUUGGCACGAUGAAUCAAGCAACAUCUUCAACACCAAACCUCCAGCUUCAUCAUAAUUUCAGGUGGGUGUUGUGUGCCAACCACACUGAGCCUGUGAAAGGCUUCCUGGGACGUUUCUUGAGAAGAAAACUGAUUGAAACAGAGAUCAGCAGCAGGAUGAGAAACACAGAGCUGGUAAAAAUCAUCGACUGGAUUCCUAAAGUCUGGCAACAUCUCAACAAGUUCCUGGAAGCACACAGCUCCUCUGAUGUUACGAUCGGUCCCCGAUUGUUCCUGUCUUGCCCAGUUGACGUGGCUGGUUCGCGUGUGUGGUUCACUGACCUGUGGAACUACUCGAUAAUUCCCUACAUGUUGGAGGCAGUCCGGGAGGGACUUCAGCUGUAUGGUCGAAGAGCUCCCUGGGAGGACCCUGCUAAAUGGGUGAUGGAUACCUACCCCUGGGCUGCCAGCCCACAGCAACAUGAGUGGCCUCCUCUGCUUCAACUGAGACCUGAGGACGUUGGCUUUGAUGGAUACACUGUGGCACGGGAGGGAUGUUCCAGCAAACAGGUUCCACAGAGUGACGCAGAAGGAGAUCCGCUGAUGAAUAUGCUGAUGAGGCUCCAAGAAGCGGCCAACUACUCCAGCCCCCAGAGUUACGACAGCGACUCCAAUAGCAACAGUCACCAUGACGACAUCUUGGAUUCAUCACUGGAGUCCACAUUGUGAUCAAGGGCUCCAAUUGAUGUACAACGGGUUUCUGUUUUCCUUUUAACAAUACUGGAAAAAAAAAAAAAAAAAUGGAAUGUGACUGCUUGUGUUUUAAACUGUGCAUCUUUAUAAUAAUCACAUUUAUUGUGAUCACGGGUGCAGGCAACCCAGAGGACAAGAGUCUUUUCUAGUGUAUAAAAAAACAGAGAAAAACAAAAAAAACUGCACUAUUUUAUUUUUACAGUGUAUUUGCUAAAGGCUUUUAAAAGCCAAGUUGUGAAAUGUUAAAUGUAUUUGAAUUCAUGUGCAAAAAUGAUGGCAUUCUGAAGCUGUGCAACAAGCAUUGUGCCGUGUGCUGGCCAACAAGAACAUUUCUUGCCUAUGUUGCUGUGAACCAAACGACCAGUGAAGGAUGGACUUUUCCAUCCAGCUUUAUCAGUGCUUUCCUGAGCUGCAGGUGGUUAUGGUGCUAUAUGGUGCUUGCCUUGAAAUGUAUUCUAGGUCAGGCUGCAAGAAAAAAAAACACACUUCUUGCAAACCCAGGAGCUUGGUGACUAACCAGUCUUAGUCAACUCAACUGCAAGGACGGUACGGGGACUGUUAUUAUAGACCUAAUGUCUAUAACAACAGCAGUCCUAUACUGGAGCCACAUUUAUCCUAGUCCCAAGUGUUGUAGAAAUGAGCAUUCGUUCCACAGGGUAGGACAUAUUUAAAUUCAGAAAGAGGAGGUUUAUAAAAGCUUGCUUUGGUAAACUCUUGGAAGUAAGCAAAACCUCAAAAACGCUACAAAUCUGUUACAAAUCCAAAAAUGGUUUACAUGAAUAUUCACAAGAAAAAAAGAAAAAAUAUAUAUUUUAUUUGAAUUAACAACUACUGUACUAUUGUUUUACUUUUCGACUAUAUAUUAAAACCCUUCAAGGUGGUUCACGAAGUCAAUUCAGCUGUUUUUAAAUCAGUACGAAUUGUAUAACGUCAGUAAUGCAACUUCUUGAGACGCGUGAGCUGAAAAUGGCUUUCUGUAUAUCUCCUCGAAGUACACAUGCAUCAGAACACCUCAACCAGUGUGGCAGCAAUCACACUGGGGGAUACAGCUGCAUGCAACCAGACCUCAGUGCAUUCCCUCCACUAACCUGUACAAGCUUUUGUGAACAUCUUUUUGGUGCUGAACUUUCAAACGAUGCCUUACUUAAUUUUGUAAUAAUUGUGCUAGCGUGCAUUUGUGCUAUUUUUUACAUUCUGAAACAGGUAUAAGUGUUCCUGUCCUAAACUUUAAGGUCAUAGGUUUGCGGCUGCAAAGUUAUUUUUGAUAUCAGGUGCUGGCUUCUUGACAAUUAGGAGGAAAUGAGAUCAGUGUUUUCAGGUUCACGUGACUUGCAGCUAGUUGUCACACUGGGGACUAACUUGCUGUACAUAAAUAAAGAAAUAUCAUCACUGCAGAAACAAACAAAGAAAACAAAAGGAUAUUCUUUAAAGUAUAUGUUACUGAAUAAAGCCAACUUAUGGAACAAA